AGGCGAAAAUGACUAACACUCAUAUUUCAAUCUCCACUAUAGCGGAAAUCAAAAUAGUAAAAGAAAGGAAAGGAAAGAAAUACUUAUAGAUUUAGGUAGUAUAGAAGUUCACACAGUUAGUUAUAAGUCAUAAUGGAGAGAUUUUAUGAAAAACUCGAUGCGCACAUACUCAAAUUAAAUGGAAAAUUUCGUGAUAAAUACACACACAAUCAAGCAAGAUAUGUACGAUGAUAUUAUUUUGACAUUACGUGAUGGUUGGGCACUGCACAAUUCAAGUUUUGGGUAAAAAUGCAUUUCAAAUUGGUAAAAAUUGGCGAAACGAAUGUGGUUUAUGGUAUUAAAAUUAAUCAACCUGUUGUUAUAUAUGAACAACUGUUCAGAAAAGUCAAAAAAUGCCAUUACCGUGUUGGACAUUUCGUGGCUUGAAAUGUUGUACAAAAUAUCACUUAAAAAAAGUGUAUUCAAAUGCCUCAUGUUGUUAAAAAAAUAUUUAUGUGCUUGUUGGUAAUAUUUUCAAUAAAAAAAGGGUAUUCCUUUUACUAUUAGCAUCAUAUCGGUCAAAUUAUCACUUCCACUAUAGUGCAGAUUGAAAUAUGAGUGUUAGUCAUUUUUGCCUAGAGGAAUUUAAAAUCUCACUAUAGUGGAGAUUAAAAUUAUAUUCUCCACUAGUUGAACUUAAAAUUUCAAUUUCCACUGACAAGAAUCCACUGAAAAUUGAGAUUUUAAUUCCGCCGUAACAUAUAUAUGUAUAUAAAAGAUCGUUCUACGAACAAAAAACGUAUUGGCGUUGCAUUAAUUCGUUUUCUUAAAAGUGUCAUUCUCGUCUUUAUACAUGCAUCAUAACUAUGCACGCAAAAAGGCGAGAAUGAUAAUUUUGAAAAGAAGAAUUAUUAUAGAAAAUAAAAUAAGCAAUAAUUUGGUCAAUAGUGACUGCUAUUUCCUACUUUUCCGAAAUUAUGAAAGGUGAAUACUUAUGAUGAUAUUUCUCUGUGCUGAACAUACGAGGUAAGCAGUUUCACAACAAUCACUAUUAUAUCUAUGAAAUAAAUGUACCCAUCAAACAUUUUUGGACAUCAUCAUUUUAAUGCAUCAGUGAGAAUGCAGCUAAAAGGAAUUUAAAAACAAUCGGAGAAUCUUUAUCACUUCUUCGACUUUUUUAAAGAUGAAAGACCUCUAUUAUUUCAUAACUUUUUACCCUGAUAUCACCGACUAUUUUCAAAUGUGGACAUGAAAGCACAACACAUACAUUUAAUGUGAACACCAGUUCAUAUGUACAAUGUUUUUCAUAGUGGUAUUUACGUUUCGAUUCUUCAUUAAUAUCUCGAUUAAAUUAAAUUGGUUUAAUGGCAAUAUAUCUUCAUCUAAUAAAUAAAUCAAAUCUAUGUUAAUGUUCCAGUAAAGAUAUGUUGUUUUCAAUUGUUAAAAUUUGAUAGAUUAUACACACAAAGACAAAGAACUUCUAAAAUAUAUAAUUCACUAUUAUUAUGAAUUAUGUAAUCGUUGCAUUUAUAUUUCUUAUUCUGUUUAUAUAUUCUAUCAACAGAAAAAACGCAACAGACCAUUUUAACAUUGAACAAGAAAUUUCCUUACAAUCAUUCAUAAACUAUAAAAUUUACCGAUUGACUUUAUUUCAAUGUGUCGCACUGUAUUCAUCCGCAAAAAGUUGAUGUGAUAUGAAAAUGAAUGAAUUUCUGGUUAAGGUAACAAUUAUCGUCCAAAAAUGAUUACACGAACAUCAACAUCCAUAAAAUUGUUCCACAACACUACUAUAUAUUAUACAAAACAAUUUAGGAUCCCGGGUGAUUUCAAUGGGUUCAUCAAAUGUUAUGAGCGUAUAAUGCAAUACUUCUCUACUCGACAAUCUGAUAUGAGUACAUUGUUAUAAGCAAAAUCUUGGUUACACUAGUUUUUAUCUAUCACAAACUGUAGAUGAGAUGAACAUCAAAGUCUCAAAUUGCCUCUUUCGACGACCAAAUCAUACAGUUAGUUGUGUAUACAAUUCAGUCUCUCUGUUGUACGUACUAAUGUAUGUUUUCAUUGAAUGCACUCAAGGACUGGUUGAUCGAGUUUUCCUUGUGAUAAUUCACGACCGUUAAUAACCGUAUUUAUUUGAUCAUCAGCUAAGAUUCUAACGGAAGAAAUGGAACAAUGAUAUAUGUUAAAACAAUCUGUUCUGCAUCGAUAUUAACGUACGACUCUUCACAGAUGUAUCUCCAGUUAAACGUUUUUCUUUGACAAUGUUCUUUGCAUUUAUAGAAAAGUGGUAUUUUCUAGCCGAUAAACUAAGAUUAAGAUAGAGAAAACACUUUCAUUUCAGACGCCCGAACACAUCACUCUCCACGACUACUGUUAGUGGUCCACACACCUGUACAGCUCGAGCUUGUGUGAUAACAAAAGGCUCUAAACUACUCUUUUUGACAUUUUACGAUAUAGAAGUAGGAUAAAUUAGUUUUUUUAUUGAUUUGGUCUUGUUUUUUUAGAUAAAAGAAAAUUGUGAAAGGAAUGGUAGUCAAUGUACAGUAAUUCAAUUUCCGUUCGAUAUUGUUCGAAAACAAUCUCCACAUAUUCAAACUUUAGACAACUUCGCAUGGAAACCGUUGGUCGUACAGGAUGCUCUGAAACGUUAUGGUGCCGUUAUCUAUGGUGAUACUUCAGUUCGCUAUAAGACAAAUAAUUUUGAUCAUUUGCUAAUAGACAAUGUUGUUCGUGGGUUUUCAUGUCGAGAAUUACCCGGUCAUUAUUUGCCGUGUUAUACACUCAGUAAUUUAUUUACAUGGUUUAACGAGUCUUCCUCAACAUUUGACGACGUUUAUGUCGCAGAAGCCGGUUUCUUAUUUGUUCAAGAUAAUUUUCUAUCACGACUGGUGAUGAAAACAUGGAUUACGUGUGCUUUAGAUGCCACAUGUUUGAUACCAAAUAAUGCCAAGACUUACUGUAAAAAUACAAAUUUAACACAUUCAACACAUCGUUAUGAUCAAAGUGCAAUGGUAACUGUUUUAACAUUUUUCUUUUAUCAAAGUCAACGUAUUGCUGAUAAAAGUGAUCCAGCACCCUACGAUAUGUUUUCAUCGAUUCAACAACAAAUAGCUGAAGUACGACGAUUUGAAGGUGAUCUUUCUUAUUUUACAAGAAAAAUAAAAUAA